AUGGAGGCGCCUAUCUCAUCCCUCGCCUCCCCAGCAUGGGGUCUCACAAGCUCCCUUCACAACUCCAUCACAAAGCUCGCUCUUCGACUAGUCUUCCUCGCACUUCCCUUCUACGCUCUCUACCUCCUAACCCUCGACUACCGCGCCUUCAAAGCCCUCGGCCCCGGCGGAACCCCCUCCACGCCCUUAGGCUACCUCAAAAUCAAACUCCUCUCCCUCAUCGCCCUCCGCAACGUCCACGCCCCGGCCCCGAUCCCCUCCCACUUCCGCCCGCAGACAGGCUACCUGAAACAGCUGCCCCCACGCGUUGGAACCCGUCCGACGAUCCGUGGCAUCGCGCCCCAGCGGCAAAUGGACCAGAAAUCCAGCCUCCCGAUCUACCUGCGACUGUCAACAGCUAUGCGGGAGCUAACCACGCACCCGAAGAACGCCCUCGUUGAGAAGACGAGCUGUUUCGAGAAACACAGCGCGGGCCUCUUCGCCAUAACCCCCAUUACGCGAACAUGCGGGGGCGAGGUAUGUCACGCGCAUCCCAGCGACGGAAGUCUGCAUAUGACGCUCCACCCCGCGGACGCCAAACUGGUCAUCGAGAACGGGUGGGGCGAGAGGCACCCAUUGGCGAAGGGGGGGUGGAUGCGGCGGUUUGUGCCGAAGGAGUUUAUCAUGAUAUAUGCGCCGCGGGAGGAGGCGGAGGUGGCGCUGGUGAUGGAGAUUGUGUGUGCGGCGGCGUGGUGGGUGAGUGGGGUCGUUGUGGGAGCGGAGACGGGAAUGGGGGUGAAGGAGGAGCGGUUGAGGGAUGUGGAGGUCGAUGCCGAGGCGCAGGCGGCGUGUUGGGGGUGUCGGAGGCGGUUGUGUCAGACGGCAGAGGUUGAUCAGAUGGUUGGGAAUGCGUAA